CUCUUGGCCUCCCCCAUGCACGCACCGCACCGCACCGCACCGCACCGCACCGCACCGCACCGCACCGCCUGCUAGACGACUUGGGAAUGCAUGCUGCUCUUCCUAUCUCCGAGGCAGACUCGAGUGAUUGGGCGUGUAACUUUUGUGCGCAAAUGCAGAUGGUAUCAUCCAUACGGUGGUUCACGUCGAGCACGUCUGGUGGAGCGAGCGAGCGAGCGAGCGAGCAUGCGUGCCCGCAGAGCUAUGGGGGUUGCUAUCGGCGCAUUCGCUCGUCGUCGCAGAACGAGACGGGCGGGCCUUGCCAAAGGCACGUUGCCAGCGGGAGGCCAUCGGUCUAGUUCGAUCUUUUGCCCCCUUCCCCCCUCUAGCUUUCUUGCGCGCCGUCUCUUCUUGCGCCUCUGCUCUCUCUUGCUGAAUUUGAGCGCCCCAUGCGUCGGCUUGUAGACACCCACGCUACGUCGAGACUGCGGGACUUGCUGAACCUGUCAAGCAGACUGGAGUGCCGAACUACCCGGCAGGACGGGGAGGCCGGGCAGGGGCCCAAAGAUGGCAGCAGAGCUUCGAGGAGGGGGAUGGCGCGGCGAUUCAAGCGCUUUUUCCUUUUG